AUGGGCGAUUCCUUGGACGGUUCCGGGGAACCGUCCCCGGAGUCGCAAAACGUUGCAAUUGUUGAGUUCCCGACAUUCGCCAGUUAUUUGCGCAAGGCUGUCACCGUGUUGCUACCGGACGAGGAUGCAGUACCGCCCGCGUUCAAUUUGGCGCUCGAGGAUCGCUAUAAUCAGGACUGCAUCCGCAAGUUCCUCGGCGACUCGCAAGUCAGCUCGCUCUACGUACAGAGGAGCUCGAGCAAAGAAGAAGACAGUGGAGAAGGAGAUGAAGACAAGGAGAAUGCUACCUAUUAUAUAUCAAACGAGAUACACUUUACAAACCCGAAAAUGGUCUCUUUAGUUCUAUCAAAACGUGGAAUUGUUGUUGAGGCUGAUAAAUCCAUUCACUCGCAAGUGCGUUUGAUCACCUUUUCUGACGGACCACCGUAUGAAACUCUGCAUGCUAUAAGCAAGACCAUGGCACCUUAUUUUAAGAGUUAUGUCAAGGAGACAGGUCGCGCCCACAGGGACGGGGAUAAAAUGGUGCCGUUGGUAGAGAAGAAAAUUGCGGAGCUCGAGAUGGGACUGCUGCAUUUACAGCAGAAUAUCGAUAUCCCUGAAAUCUCGUUGCCUGUUCAUCCAAUUGUCGCGCAGGUCAUUAAGCAAUGUGAGGAGGAGGGUCGUAAGCCGAAAGUCGCCGAUUUCGGCGAUAAGGUCGAGGACUCGACGUUCCUGAAUCAAUUGCAGAACGGUGUCAACAGGUGGAUAAAAGAAAUCCAGAAGGUAACGAAGUUAAACCGCGAUCCAGAAUCGGGAACAGCUCUCCAGGAAAUAUCAUUCUGGCUGAAUCUCGAAAGAGCGUUACAUCGUAUUCAGGAGAAGCGGGAAAGCAUUGAGAUUUCCCUAACGCUCGAUAUACUCAAGCACGGCAAGCGAUUCCACGCCACCGUCAGCUUCGACACCGACACUGGCUUGAAACAGGCACUUGCCACUGUCAACGAUUACAAUCCACUGAUGAAAGAUUUCCCUAUCAACGACCUACUGUCGGCUACUGAAUUGGAACGAAUACGCAGCAGCGUGCAACAGAUAUUCAUGCAUCUAAGAAAAAUUAGGAGCACGAAAUAUCCCAUUCAGAGAGUGUUGAGAUUGGUAGAAGCUAUCUCGAGAGACUUGGGGCAACAGUUGCUCAAGGUACUAGGCACACGACGCUUAAUGCACAUCCCGUUCGAUGAUUUCGAGAAAGUCAUGGCUCAAUGUUUCGAAGUGUUCACCACUUGGGACGACGAGUAUGACAAGCUCACGGGGUUAUUGAGGGACGUCGUAAAGAAAAAACGUGAUGAGCACAUGAAGAUGGUAUGGCGAGUACUGCCGGCGCAUAAGAAGCUACAGUCGAGAAUGGAGCAUAUGCGCCGCUUCCGACGACAGCACGAACAGCUGAGGACAGUGAUAGUCCGUGUGCUUAGACCUACUGUACGCCAAAACAGCAAUAAUUCCACUAUGGAGAACGCUGAUAACGACAACGUAAAGGUAGAAUUCGCUCUGGAUGCCGCCGACGCAAAUGCCAUCAGUGAAGUUAACUUGGCGUAUGAGAAUGUGAAGGAAGUGGAUUGUCUGGACAUUACCAAGGAAGGACAGGAAUCUUGGGACGCCGCUGUGCAUAGAUAUGAGGAGCGCAUUGAGCGCGUGGAGGCGCGGAUUACGGCUCACCUCCGUGAUCAAUUGGGCACGGCCAAGAACGCGAAUGAAAUGUUCAGAAUAUUUUCACGAUUUAACGCACUCUUUGUACGACCGCAUAUUCGGGGCGCUAUUAGAGAAUAUCAAACGCAACUUAUACAGAGAGUCAAAGAUGAUAUUGAGGCACUGCACGAAAAAUUCAAGGUUCAAUAUGCGCAAAGUAAAUGCUGUAGAAUGAGCAUGGUGAGAGAUUUACCACCUGUAGCUGGAUCGAUAAUAUGGGUCAAACAAAUCGAUUAUCAAUUGACAAUGUAUUUGAAACGUGUUGAAGAUGUCUUAGGUAAAGGAUGGGAAAGUCAUAUUGAAGGGCAAAAAUUGAAAGCCGACGGAGAUAGCUUUCGUAUGAAACUAUCUACGCAAGAGAUCUUCGAUGAUUGGGCGCGCAAGGUGCAAGCGCGAAAUCUUGGUGUAACCGGGCGUAUCUUUACGAUUGAGAGCGUGCGUUCAAGAACAGGGCGCGGCAAUGUAUUAAAACUGAAAGUAAAUUUCCUCCCCGAGAUUAUUACGCUGUCUAAAGAAGUGAGGAAUUUGAGGAAUCUCGGAUUUCGCGUGCCUCUGCCUAUCGUGAAUAAGGCUCAUCAGGCUAAUCAAUUAUAUCCCUUUGCCAUCAGUCUCAUUGAAAGCAUCAGAACUUAUGAGAGAACAUUAGAGAAGCUUACCAAUCGGAGUCCCCAUUGUCCCGCACUAAAGAUUGAGGACAAAGCUAGUAUUAUACCCUUGGUCGCUGGUAUGCGUAAAGAUGUCUUAACAUUGAUCUCUGAGGGUAUUGCACUAGUUUGGGAAAGCUACAAACUCGAUCAAUACGUACAGCGUUUAUCGGAUGCUGUUGUAUCAUUCCAAGAAAGAGUAGAAGAUCUUUUGGUUGUGGAAGAACAAUUGGACGUUGAUGUUCGUUCUCUGGAAACAUGUCCUUACUCUGCAAACACAUUCGCCGAUAUAUUAUCCAAGAUACAGAAAUCAGUAGAUGAAUUAUCUUUGAAGAAUUAUUCCAACUUACAUAUUUGGGUAGCGAGACUCGAUGAAGAAGUAGAAAAAAAUUUGGCUGCCAGAUUGGAAGCUGGAAUAAAAGCGUGGACCGAUGCUCUGACCGGUCAUAAGAAGGAAGUUGAUCUGAGUAUGGAUACGGAUGCUCCUGCACAACCGACGCAUAAACCUGGCGGCGAUCCUAAAAUUCAAAAUCAGAUCCAUGAAGUCCGAAUCACCAAUCAGACUAUGUAUUUGUAUCCUAGUAUUGAAGACGCGAGAUUCCAGAUAAUGCAACAGUUGUUUGCAUGGCAAGCAAUUGUUACCUCGCAGGUUCGUCUACAAAGUUCGAGAUAUCAAGUUGGGCUAGAUAAACCCGAAUCAGGCACAUACAGAAAUUUACUUACAAAACUACCUACUGGAAAGCAACCAUUGGAAGCGGCAUAUGAAGCAGUCGAAUUCAAGAUGAAGGAUGUUGCGGAUUACGUUGAUCAGUGGCUACGCUAUCAGGCUCUUUGGGAUCUGCAGCCGGGUAAUCUUUAUGGCAAAUUGGGCGAAAAUAUUAACUUAUGGAUGAAGUGCCUCAAUGAUAUAAAGAAGACAAGAACCACGUUUGAUACAUCUGACACGCGACGUGAAUUUGGACCUGUGAUUAUAGACUUUGCAAAGGUGCAGAGUAAAGUAUCUUUAAAAUACGAUUCGUGGCAUAAAGAAACUUUGGGCAAAUUUGGAACGCUUUUGGGUAAUGAGAUGGCAAGCUUUCAUUCUCAAGUAUCGAAAUCUAGAAGCGAUCUAGAACAGCAGUCUAUCGAGGCAGCUAGCACAUCCGAUGCAGUUGGUUUCAUAACAUAUGUGCAAUCCUUGAAACGCAAGAUGAAAGCAUGGGAGAAACAAGUAGACAUAUAUCGCGAGGGUCAAAGAAUACUUGAACGUCAGAGAUUCCAAUUUCCAUCUUCGUGGUUGCAUGUUGAUAAUAUAGAGGGAGAAUGGGGUGCAUUUAAUGAAAUAAUCAAACGCAAGGAUACUAGCAUUCAAACUCAAGUCGCAUCCCUGCAAAUGAAAAUAGUCGCUGAAGAUAAGGCUGUUGAAACGAGAACCACUGAUUUUCUUAGUGACUGGGAAAGGGGCAAACCGGUGGAAGGCCAUUUACGACCGGACGAUGCUUUACAACAAUUACAGUUAUUCGAGAGUAAAUUUGCUAGGCUCAAAGAAGAGAGGGAUAAUGUAGCCAAGGCCAAAGAGGCGUUGGAAUUGCAAGAACCAGGCGGAAUAUCGACUAGCGAGGAUAGAAUGCAGGUAGUAUUUGAGGAACUACAGGAUUUGAGAGGAGUUUGGUCAGAACUAUCAAGAAUAUGGGCGCAGAUUGACGAAACGCGCGAGAAACCUUGGCUUUCUGUACAACCGCGAAAGUUGCGCCAGCAAUUAGAUACGAUGAUGGCGCAAUUGAAAGAACUUCCAGCGAGAUUAAGACAAUAUUCGUCGUAUGAGUAUGUAAAGAAGAUGCUACAGAGUUAUACAAAAGUGAAUAUGUUAAUCGUAGAGCUGAAAUCCGACGCGCUUAAAGAGAGGCAUUGGAAACAAUUAACAAAGCAGCUCAGAGUAAACUGGGUGUUAAGCGAGCUUACCCUUGGUCAAGUCUGGGACGUAAAUCUUCAGAAGAAUGAGAGUAUAGUUAAAGAUAUUAUCCUCGUAGCACAGGGUGAAAUGGCGCUCGAGGAAUUCUUGAAACAAGUACGCGAGUCGUGGCAAACAUAUGAAUUGGAUUUGAUAAAUUACCAAAACAAAUGUAGACUGAUACGCGGUUGGGAUGAUUUGUUCAAUAAGGUGAAAGAACACAUUAAUUCAGUAGCAGCUAUGAAGUUAUCGCCAUAUUACAAAGUAUUUGAGGAAGAAGCUUUGACAUGGGAAGAGAAAUUAAAUAGGAUUAAUGCUCUAUUCGACGUAUGGAUAGAUGUACAGCGACGAUGGGUUUAUCUUGAGGGCAUUUUUUCCGGUAGCGCAGAUAUCAAGACAUUAUUACCAGUGGAAACGUCCCGCUUCCAAAGUAUUAGUUCUGAGUUUUUGGGACUGAUGAAGAAAGUCUCCAAAUCUCCUAUGGUUACAGACGUUCUGAACAUUCCUGGCGUUCAAAGAGCACUUGAACGUCUUGCCGAUCUUCUUGGCAAGAUACAAAAGGCACUGGGAGAAUACUUGGAAAGAGAACGAACUUCUUUCCCGCGAUUUUACUUUGUUGGAGAUGAAGACUUGUUAGAGAUUAUUGGCAACAGCAAAAAUGUUGCAAGAUUGCAGAAGCAUUUUAAGAAGAUGUUUGCUGGCGUAGCCGCUAUUCUAUUAAAUGAGGAUAAUACGAUUAUCACCGGUGUCGCUUCACGCGAGGGUGAAGAAGUUAUAUUCCAGAAUCCAGUAUCUACAGUCGAUCACCCUAAGAUCAAUGAGUGGUUGUCACUUGUAGAGAAAGAAAUGCGCGUAACGCUUGCUUCGAGCCUUGCAAAAGCGGUGCAAGAUAUUAAACAGUUUAAGGAUGGAAAUAUAAAUCCGCAAGCAUUUAUGUCGUGGUGUGAUAAUUAUCAAGCCCAGAUAAUAGUUCUAGCUGCACAGAUCUUAUGGUCGGAAGACGUAGAAGCGGCUCUUCAUGAAGCGCAAGCAGAUCCGAGCAAAAACUCGUUGGAAAGAGUUCUGAUCCAAGUGGAGAGUACAUUGAACGUCUUGGCUGACUCUGUUCUUCAAGAACAACCACCUUUAAGAAGAAAGAAGUUAGAACAUUUGAUCAACGAAUUUGUACACAAACGCACCGUUACCAGACGACUGAUCGCUAACAGGGUUUCGAAUCCAAAGGCUUUUGAAUGGCUGUGCGAAAUGAGAUUCUACUUUGAUCCUAGGCAAACGGAGGAACUUCAACAGCUCACGAUACAUAUGGCGAACGCUAAGUUCUUUUAUGGAUUCGAGUAUUUAGGAGUACAAGACCGACUGGUACAGACACCAUUAACCGAUAGAUGCUACUUAACAAUGACGCAAGCGUUAGAAGCUCGACUUGGUGGUUCGCCAUUUGGACCAGCUGGUACAGGAAAGACUGAAUCUGUGAAAGCAUUAGGCCAUCAGCUCGGAAGAUUUGUACUAGUAUUUAAUUGCGACGAGACAUUUGAUUUUCAGGCUAUGGGUCGUAUAUUUGUUGGUCUCUGUCAAGUGGGUGCGUGGGGUUGCUUCGACGAAUUUAAUCGUUUGGAAGAACGGAUGUUGUCUGCCGUUUCUCAACAAGUGCAAACGAUUCAGGAAGCGCUCAAAAGUCAGAUGGAAGGCAAAAAGGAAGGAACCCUGUGUGUCGAAUUGGUUGGAAAACAAGUUAAAGUCUCUACCGACAUGGCUAUAUUCAUCACCAUGAAUCCUGGAUACGCCGGACGUUCCAAUCUACCUGAUAAUCUGAAGAAGCUUUUCAGGUCGCUUGCUAUGACGACACCUGAUCGGCAACUGAUUGCCGAAGUGAUGCUUUUCAGUCAAGGUUUUCGAUCAGCGGAAAAAUUGGCGUGUAAAAUUGUGCCGUUCUUUAAGCUUUGUGAUGAACAGCUUUCUAAUCAAUCUCAUUACGAUUUUGGACUACGCGCACUUAAAUCCGUGCUGAUUUCUGCUGGAAACGUGAAACGCGAUCGUAUUCAAAAAAUUAAAGAAGGCAUGCAGAGCCGCGGUGAAGUUAACAUCGACGAAGCCUCGAUCGCUGAGAAUCUGCCUGAGCAAGAAAUACUUAUUCAAUCUGUUUGCGAAACGAUGGUUCCCAAAUUAGUUGCCGAAGAUAUUCCACUACUAUUCAGUUUACUCAGCGAUGUGUUUCCCAACGUGAAUUACACCCGUGCGGAAAUGAAAGGAUUGAAAGAUCAAAUCAGGAAAGUUUGUACUGAGGAAUACUUAGUAUGCGGCGAAGGAGAUGAACAAGGAGGUGCUUGGCAAGAAAAGGGUUUGGUUGGUGAAACGUGGGUAGAGAAGGUACUUCAAUUAUACCAAAUUUGUAACUUAAAUCACGGAUUAAUGAUGGUCGGCCCGAGUGGAUCUGGGAAAACAACAGCCUGGAAAGUACUACUUAAAGCACUGGAGCGAUUCGAAGGCGUGGAAGGCGUCGCUCAUGUGAUCGAUCCCAAGGCGAUCAGCAAGGAAACGUUGUAUGGCGUAUUAGAUCCAAAUACGCGCGAAUGGACGGAUGGUCUGUUCACGCAUAUAUUGAGGAAAAUAAUUGAUAAUGUCAGAGGUGAAAUUAACAAACGACAAUGGAUCAUAUUUGACGGAGAUGUCGAUCCGGAAUGGGUUGAGAAUCUGAACUCGGUACUGGACGACAACAAGCUUCUCACUCUGCCCAAUGGCGAACGUCUGAGCUUACCACCGAACGUAAGAGUUAUGUUUGAGGUACAAGAUCUUAAGUACGCUACUUUGGCUACCGUGUCGCGAUGCGGUAUGGUUUGGUUUUCGGAGGAUGUACUGUCGACAGAGAUGAUAUUCGAAAAUUACAUGCUACGACUUCGAAAUAUUCCGUUGGAGGACGGCGAGGAGGAUAAUCUCGGCAAGAAAGUCGCAGAGAAGGAGGACACUAUAUCACCCGCGUUAACGGUGCAAAGAGAGGUUGCUAGCAUUUUGCAGAGUUACUUCGCUCCUGAUGGUUUAGUAGUGAGGUGCUUGGAGUAUGCCAUGAAACAGGAACACAUAAUGGACUUCACACGCUUACGAGCUCUCAGUUCUCUAUUUUCCAUGCUAAAUCAAGCCGUGCGCAAUGUGCUACAAUACAAUCACUCUCACGUAGACUUUCCUCUACCGAGCGAGCAAUUGGAACGUUACAUGCCCAAGUGCUUGGUUUAUGCGCUCCUGUGGAGCUUUGCGGGAGACGCUAAAUUAAAAGUUAGAUCCGACUUGGGAGAUUUUAUUAGGUCUAUUACAACUGUACCUUUACCUUCUCAAAAUAAUAUACCUAUUAUAGACUUUGAGGUGAACAUACAUGGAGAAUGGUUACCUUGGAGCAAUAAAGUUCCUCAGAUCGAAGUGGAGACUCAUAAGGUAGCAAGUCCGGAUAUUGUCGUGCCGACUUUAGAUACUGUUAGACACGAGAGUUUAUUGUACACUUGGCUGGCUGAACAUAAGCCUCUAGUGCUCUGUGGGCCACCUGGAUCUGGUAAAACCAUGACACUCUUUUCUGCUUUACGAGCGCUUCCAGACAUGGAAGUUGUCGGACUUAACUUUUCUUCUGCGACAACACCCGAAUUGUUACUCAAAACGUUUGAUCAUUACUGCGAGUAUCGUAAAAUGCCUAACGGCGUCAUACUCUCUCCGGUGCAAUUGGGCAAGUGGCUGGUUCUGUUCUGCGACGAAAUCAAUUUACCUGACAUGGAUAAUUAUGGGACGCAACGUGUAAUCUCUUUCUUGAGACAAUUGGUAGAACACAAAGGUUUUUACAGAACCAGUGAUCAGGCAUGGGUCACUUUGGAGAGAAUUCAGUUUGUAGGUGCCUGUAAUCCACCUACAGAUCCAGGCAGAAAACCUCUCAGUCACAGAUUCCUGCGACACGUACCCGUUAUUUACGUAGAUUACCCUGGAGAAACCUCCCUUAAGCAGAUUUAUGGCACAUUUACACGUGCCAUGCUCAGAUUGACACCUAAUCUGAGAGGCUACGCGGAAUCCUUGACGAACGCAAUGGUAGAGUUCUAUCUUGCUUCUCAGGAGAGAUUUACUCAGGAUAUGCAGCCACACUAUGUGUACUCUCCGCGCGAAAUGACACGUUGGGUGCGCGGCAUUUGCGAGGCUAUUAGACCGCUUGAUAAUCUCUCGGUAGAAGGCUUGGUGCGUUUAUGGGCUCAUGAGGCUCUUCGUCUGUUCCAAGACAGAUUAGUGGAAGAAUCCGAAAGAGCUUGGACGAACAAAAACAUUGACGUAGUAGCUUUGAAACACUUUAUGUCGGUUGACAGAGAAAAGGCGUUAGCCAGACCAAUUCUGUAUAGUAAUUGGUUAUCGAAAGACUAUGUGCCGGUGAACAGAGAGGAACUAAGAGAUUACGUUCGAGCGAGGUUGAAAGUAUUCUAUGAGGAAGAACUUGAUGUGCCAUUGGUGCUCUUUGAUGAAGUUCUUGAACAUGUACUACGGAUUGAUAGAAUUUUUCGACAGCCUCAGGGACACUUGUUGCUUAUCGGUGUUUCUGGUGCUGGAAAGACGACUCUGUCAAGAUUUGUUGCAUGGAUGAAUGGCUUAUCCAUUUUCCAAAUUAAGGUUCACAAUAAAUACACCGGUGAAGAUUUCGACGAAGAUUUACGACAAGUACUGAGACGAUCCGGCUGCAAAGAUGAAAAGAUAGCCUUUAUUCUCGACGAGUCUAAUGUGCUGGAUUCCGGUUUCCUCGAACGUAUGAAUACAUUGCUCGCCAACGGUGAGGUACCUGGAUUGUUUGAAGGUGACGAGUACACGACACUUAUGACACAAUGUAAAGAAGGCGCUCAGCGAGAAGGUCUAAUGCUGGAUUCCAACGAGGAAUUGUACAAAUGGUUUACCGGCCAAGUUAUGAAGAAUCUUCACGUCGUGUUCACAAUGAAUCCCAGUACAGACGGCCUGAAAGAUCGCGCAGCGACAUCGCCCGCGUUGUUCAACAGAUGCGUGCUGAAUUGGUUUGGUGACUGGUCGGACAACGCGUUGUUCCAGGUCGGCAAAGAAUUCACCAAUCGCGUCGACUUAGAAAGACCCAUGUGGAAAUGUCCAGAUUUCUUCCCAAGUGUUUGUUCAUUGAUCCCGCCGCAACCAACACACAGGGACGCCGUGAUAAAUGCGUGCGUCUAUGUUCAUCAGACUUUACACAAAGCGAACACGCGACUGGCCAAAAGAGGCGCCAGAACAAUGGCAAUCACACCGCGCCAUUAUUUAGAUUUUAUCAAUCACUUCGUCAAAUUGUAUCAAGAGAAGAGGAGCGACCUGGAGGAACAACAGUUGCAUCUAAAUGUUGGUUUGAGUAAAAUUGCUGAAACGGUUGAGCAGGUGGAGGAAAUGCAGAAGAGCUUGGCUGUUAAGUCUGAGGAACUGCAAGCUAAAAAUGAUGCUGCUAAUGCAAAAUUAAGACAAAUGGUCAAGGAUCAACAGGAGGCGGAGAAAAAGAAGGUGCAGAGUCAAGAGAUUCAACAACAAUUAGCUAUUCAAACGGUGGCUAUAAAUCAGAAGAGGGACGAUGUCAUGGCGGAUCUUGCCUUGGUAGAACCAGCCGUUAUCGAUGCUCAAAAUGCGGUGAAAUCUAUAAAGAAACAGCAUUUAGUCGAAGUUCGCUCCAUGGCGAAUCCGCCGGCGAUCGUGAAGGUCGCAUUGGAAUCUAUCUGCCUGUUGCUUGGCGAAAACGCCAGCGACUGGAAAUCUAUCCGUGCGGUUAUCAUGAGGGACAAUUUUAUCAAUACCAUUGUCUCUAAUUUUAGUACUGAGGACAUUACCGAUGAGGUGAGAGAAAAAAUGAAGAGCCGCUAUCUGAGCAAUCCCGAUUAUAAUUUCGAGAAAGUGAAUCGCGCCAGCUUGGCUUGUGGUCCCAUGGUAAAAUGGGCCAUAGCACAGAUUGAAUAUGCCGAUAUGUUAAAACGAGUUGAACCCUUACGCGAUGAGCUUCAUUCUUUGGAGCGACAAGCGGAAACUAACAAAUUAAAGGGUGAGGAGGUGAAAAAUUUGAUCGCUCAACUAGAACAAAGUAUAGCAUCGUACAAGGAGGAGUAUGCUCAGCUUAUUUCACAAGCGCAAGCUAUCAAAGCCGAUCUAGAAAACGUUCAAGCUAAGGUGGACAGGUCGAUCGCUUUAAUAAAGUCCUUGGUCAUCGAGAGGGAAAGAUGGGAAGCAACAAGCGAAACGUUUAAAAGUCAAAUGUCCACGAUAAUAGGCGACGUUCUAUUAUCUUCCGCUUUCUUGGCUUAUGCUGGCUAUUUUGAUCAACAUUAUCGUCAAAAUCUCUUUACUACAUGGUGUCAACACUUGCAUCACGCAAACUUGCAAUUCAGACCCGAUAUUGCAAGAACGGAAUAUCUGUCCAAUCCGGACGAGCGUUUGAGGUGGCAGGCGAACGCGUUACCAACCGACGAUCUGUGCACCGAGAACGCGAUCAUGUUGAAACGCUUUAACAGAUAUCCACUGAUCAUUGAUCCAUCCGGUCAGGCGACGGAGUUCAUUAUGAACGAGUUUAAAGACCGGAAAAUCACAAAGACCAGCUUCUUAGAUGAUUCAUUUAGGAAAAAUCUUGAAAGCGCUCUACGAUUCGGUAAUCCUCUUCUGGUCCAAGACGUGGAGAAUUAUGAUCCUGUAUUAAAUCCUGUGUUGAACCGAGAAUUAAGACGAACGGGCGGACGCGUGUUGAUCACACUCGGCGAUCAAGAUAUAGAUCUUUCGCCUUCCUUUGUCAUCUUCUUGUCCACGAGAGACCCGACAGUGGAAUUUCCACCGGACAUUUGUUCACGCGUAACGUUUGUUAACUUCACUGUUACCAGAAGUUCUCUGCAAAGCCAAUGUUUGAAUCAGGUUUUGAAGGCUGAACGCCCGGACAUCGAUGAGAAGAGAUCUGAUCUGUUAAAGCUUCAAGGAGAGUUCCACCUAAGGCUGCGACAACUCGAAAAAUCUUUGUUGCAGGCGCUUAACGAUGCCAAGGGCAAGAUUCUCGAUGAUGAUUCUGUGAUUACCACUCUCGAAACAUUAAAACAGGAGGCUGCCGAUAUCAGCAAGAAGGUGGAAGAGACAGACAAAGUCAUAGCGGAAAUCGAAACGGUUUCGCAACAAUAUAUGCCUCUGUCUCAAGCGUGUUCAAACAUGUAUUUCACAAUGGAUAGCCUCAACCAAGUACAUUUCUUGUAUCAAUACUCGCUGAAGAUGUUCUUAGACAUCUUCACGUCGGUUCUGUCGCAAAACCCGAAAUUGUCAGGUAUGUCGGAUUACGGUCAACGACUUACGCAAAUCACGCGGGACUUAUUUACCGUCUGUUACGAACGAGUCGCCCGAGGAAUGUUGCAUACGGACAGAUUGACGUUUGCUUUGCUGCUUUGUCGCAUCCAUCUGAAAGGCAUACCUUCGGAGUCUACUUAUGAUAGCGAAUUCACGUUUUUCUUGCGCGGUAAGGAAGGCGUGCUCAACAUUCGAGCACCUCCGGUAUCUAAUCUCAGUUCAGAGCAGCAGGAAGCAAUGAUGCGUCUAAGCAUAAGAUUACCCGCCUUCAAGAAACUCGCGGAAAAGAUCCAAGAAAGCUCGGAAUUCGGCGCAUGGCUACAGUCGCCCACACCCGAGACGUGCGUGCCGAAGCUCUGGGACGAGGAGAAGCCGCUGUCACCCACGGGCACGGCGAUGCACCAGUUGCUAAUAAUACAAGCUUUCCGACCGGAUCGCGUAAUCGCAGCUGCGUCUCUGGUAGUAGCCUCCGCUUUCAACGAGUCCUUCAUGCCGGCCGCGGAAGCGGAGCUCGAUUUCGCAUCCGUCGUAGAAGAUCAAUUGAAGGCGACUGUGCCAGCUUUAUUGUGCUCGGUGCCGGGCUUCGAUGCUUCGGGCAGAGUGGACGAUCUGGCCGCGGAAUUGGGCAAGCAAAUAGCCAGCAUUGCUAUCGGAUCGGCGGAAGGAUUUAAUCAGGCAGACCGGGCUAUAAACAUGGCUGUAAAAGCCGGCAGAUGGGUACUGUUAAAGAACGUACACCUUGCUCCGCAGUGGUUGGUACAGUUAGAGAAAAAGCUGCAUAGUCUUCAGCCACACACUAGCUUCCGACUGUUCCUAACGAUGGAGAUUAAUCCUAAAGUGCCGGUGAAUCUACUGAGAGCUGGUAGAAUCUUCGUAUUUGAGCCACCUCCUGGCAUACGAGCAAAUUUGUUACGUACGUUCAGCACUGUGCCCGCCUCGAGAAUGAUGCGAGCACCCAAUGAGAGAGCUCGUCUGUAUUUCCUGCUCGCGUGGUUCCACGCGAUCGUGCAGGAACGUCUGCGUUAUGCGCCUUUGGGCUGGGCCAAGCACUACGAAUUCAACGAGAGUGACUUAAGAGUCGCUUGUGACACCUUGGACACGUGGAUCGAAGCCACGGCUAUGGGCAGGACAAAUCUACCUCCAGAAAAGGUGCCUUGGGAUGCUCUGGUGACUCUUCUCUCUCAGUGUAUCUAUGGUGGCAAGAUUGAUAACGAUUUCGAUCAACGUCUUCUGGCCUCUUUUCUGAGCAAGCUUUUCACCCCGCGCUCAUUUGAAGCUGACUUUGCCCUGGUUGCCAAUGUCGAUGGCGCACAGGGCAAUCAAAGACACAUCACAAUGCCGGACGGCACUAGGCGUGACCACUUUUUAAAAUGGAUCGAGUCUCUUUCAGAUAGACAAACACCUUCCUGGCUCGGCUUGCCGAAUAAUGCAGAGAAGGUGCUUUUGACCACAAGAGGAACCGAUUUAGUUUCUAAACUUCUCAAGAUGCAGCAAUUAGAGGAUGAAGAUGAAUUGGCAUACUCAAACGAAGAGUCUCUAGACACUCCAAGAGAAGCUGAAGCAGAUGGCCGACCAUCUUGGAUGAGAACCUUGCAUAAUUCUGCUUCCACUUGGUUACAAUUACUUCCGAAGAAUUUACCGACCUUGAAGAGAACAGUCGAAAACAUCAAAGAUCCUUUAUACAGAUACUUUGAGCGGGAAGUCAAUAGCGGGGCGAAAUUACUUCAAGAUGUUAUACAUGAUUUAGAAGAUGUCGUAUUAAUUUGUCAGGGCGAGAAGAAACAGACGAAUUAUCACAGAACAAUGCUAUCCGAAUUGGUUAAAGGUAUUCUGCCCGGUGGUUGGAGGAGAUAUACUGUGCCAAGAGGUUGCACAGUCAUACAAUGGAUAACCGAUUUUAGCCAUAGAGUUUCACAACUGCAAGAAGUCUCACGUUUAGUCUCUCAAGGCGGAGCAAAAGAGAUAAAGAGUUUUCCAGUUUGGUUAGGAGGUUUAUUAAAUCCUGAGGCUUACAUCACUGCAACCAGGCAAUGCAUUGCGCAAGCUAAUAGUUGGUCACUCGAGGAACUGCAGUUGAACGUAACUAUCGGCGACGGCGAUAACAUCGCUACGGACGAUUGCUCCUUCGCCGUCACUGGUUUGAAAUUACAAGGUGCACAAUGUAAGGAUAAUCAAUUGUAUUUAACUUCGACUAUCAUGACCGAUCUACCAGUCACCAUGCUGAGAUGGGCGCGAUCAUCUAUGGAGGAUAUUAGAAAAGGCAAGCUAUCCUUGCCAGUUUAUUUAAACAGCACACGUACCGAACUACUAUUUACUGUCGAUUUGAAUAUCGCUCCUAGUCAAGAACCGCAUAGUUUUUACGAGAGAGGAGUCGCCGUAUUAACAUCCACCGCUUUGAAUUAAUAAUUGCUAAAAUAAUUAAAAUCGAUUAGAGCAAAUUGUACUACUUAUGAAGUAAAAUAUUAUCAUGAUAAAAUAAAAAUAAUUUAUAACAUCGCUGCAUGUUACAUCAUUUGUAAAGAAAAGAGGGCAUAUAGUAACGUGCAACUUACUACAAACCUAAAGUAUAAAAACAUUAAAGAAAUAUAUAUUUUACACUGAAUUGCUUUCGUAUCUCCAAAGGAUUGUACAAUUAAGAAACAAAUACUUUCAACGCAUAAAACAAUUAAAUGUACAUCAUUCGUUUAUAAGAAAUAACAUUUUCACGCAGAAGGUUGUAAUAUAUAUAUAUAUAUAGUUUAUUUAAUAUUAUAUGUAUACUUUUAGAUUUUAAAAAAACAUAAUUUUCUGUAACAAAAAGAUUAUAUUAUGUUCGUCAAGAUGUAAGUAUCGAGAUAUUAUAAUGUUUAUAACAUCUUAAUGGCAUCUAAUAAAGUCGUAUUGUAAUGAAAUUUUCUCUUUGUUAUUCGUAUACAUUUAAUAACUGUAUUAUUACAUCUUAAAAUCAAUAAAAUCAAUCUUCAACAUCGAA